AUGACGGCACAGACGGACGGGGAAAAGGAUACAGACACAGAUGCCGGUGGUGAAUUGGACGAGCUUGGUGGGACUGCACAAGCCGCCCUGAGUGAGUCGAGCGCUGUAAAGAAGCGACGUCUUGUGGUGGUAAUUGGUAGCCUCUGGCUCGGAACUCUGCUUAUGGCACUCGACGAAACCAUGAUCGCCACCAUCGCAACACCUAUUGCCAGCUCUCUAUCGGCAACGUCGAGCUUUUCAUGGAUCACCACGGCCUAUGUCAUCGGCAGCACCGUGUCACAGGCUAUUGGCGGGCACCUGGCGAACGUGUUCGGGCGCCGCAAGGCUCUGGCCGGGAACUAUUCUCUCUUUGCUCUGGGUACACUGUUCUGCGGCCUGGCAAUGUCGCAUCUCCGGCUGUUCUUGGUUGGCCGCUUUGCCAAUGUGCUCUAUGGCAUUGUCAUGGCUCUCGGGGGGUUAUAUGGAGCUGCCAUCCAUGCCGCCAUCGGAUGGCGAUGGGCCUUCUUGAUCCAGGUGCCUGUUAUCGUUCUCGAUGGCGCCGUCGUCUUUCGGUACGUCAAGAUCUCAGACCAACGCGCCAACACGGCUGCCCACCGGCGCCUCGACGUCGUUGGCAUGACCACCCUGGUUGCCACAAUAGUGCUGCUGCAGUUCGGACUUAACCACGGCAGCACCACCCUCGUAUGGACCGACCCCGCCACCAUCGCCCCCUUGUGCCUGGUUGUUCCCUGCCUCGCCGUGUUCCUAUAUACCACAUACCACACCGAGAGCCCGGUGGUGCCGCUAAAGGCUCUGAUGCAACGCAGCGUCGGCCUCAUCCAGAUAACCGCCUUUUUCAGCACCGGCUGUUUCGUCAGCUCCAUGUUCUACGUCCCUCUCUACCUGGAGGUUCUGGGCCUGUCUGUUUUCGACGCCGCACUGCGACUCAUCCCCCUAGCCGCUGCCUUCGGGGCCUGUGCUGGCGCCGUGGGCUAUCUCGUCCUCCGUAUCCGCCGAUACUACCAUCUAAACAUCCUCCUCUUAUCCACCGCCGCAAUCGCCUACGGCCUCCUCUGUUCACUGCGUCCAGACUCAUCUCCCUGGAAGCCAUACCUCUUCCUCGGCAUCGUCGGCAUCGGCGUCGGUGGAACAUACGUGACCAAUCUGAUGGGAAUCCUCACAUCCGUCCGCGAGGAGAACAUGGCAACCGUGCAGAGCGCAUCAUGGGCCGUCCGCUCCACAGACGUAGUGAUCGGCUUGACGAUAUCGUCGGCCAUAUUCCAAAUGAAAGUGCGCCAAGCUGUUGGCCAACUAGACAACACGAUUGGCUUGGGUGCGGUGGCUGUUCAACAUCUCCCGGGCGAAGAGAGAGAGCAUUCCGUAAAUGCGUAUAUGGGUGCCCUGCGGUAUGUUUUCUAUUCUCUUCUGGCGCAGGGUCUGUUUGCUAUUAUACCUAGUCUGUUUGUUGAGGAUAGGGAGACUGGAAAGGUGGAAGAUGGGUGA